UCCUCCAACAAAAUACGCCCAAGAAAGCGAAACAGACUAUGCUUUAAAAGCAGAACACAGCAAACAGAGAGGCCCUGCUGGCCCGGCCCACGGCGCUCCCGUACCCGCUGAGCGGCCCCGGCCCCCCCGCGCCGCGCCCGGCCCGGCCUCGCCCCGCGGCAGCUCCGCUCCCGCUCGGCUGCUUCGGCCUCGCCAUGUCCGCUUCCAGCUCCUCUGCGGCCGCGCUGCGCCCGGCCACUCACCUCAUCUUUGACAUGGACGGGCUGCUGCUGGAUACUGAGCGUCUCUAUUCAGUAGUGUUCGAAGAGAUCUGUGGGCGUUUUGGAAAAUCCUAUACCUGGGAUGUGAAAUCCUUGGUUAUGGGUAAAAAAGCCCUAGAAGCGGCAGAAAUUAUUCGGGAUGUUCUAGAUCUUCCAAUAACCAAAGAAGAGCUACUAAAUGAAAGUAAAAUCAAGCAGGAGAAGCUAUUCCAUAAUACUGCAUUGAUGCCAGGGGUUGAUAAGCUGAUCCGUCAUUUACACAAACACAACAUACCCAUGGCUGUUGCCACUAGCUCGGGUGAAGCCUCAUUUCAGCGGAAAACAACCAGACACAAAGACUUUUUUGGUCUUUUUCAUCAUAUUGUGUUGGGAGAUGAUCCUGAGGUGAAGUGUGGCAAGCCACACCCUGAUCUGUUUCUGGUUUGUGCAAAGAGAUUUCACCCUUCUGCACCUCCAGAGAAGUGUCUUGUGUUUGAAGAUGCACCACUUGGAGUCAAAGGAGCCCUGGCAGCAGGAAUGCAAGUGGUUAUGAUUCCAGAUGAAAAUUUAGCACCAGAUCUUAAAAAGGAAGCAACACUGCUGCUGAAGUCCAUGGAAGAUUUCAAACCAGAACUGUUCGGUUUACCAGCAUAUGAUUAAUGCCUAUGAACAUGCACUUGACUGGAGAUUGAUUAUAAGUGAAAUGAAAUUUUACUUUUGUUUUGUGAUUGUUUUCCAUCUUUUACUCUCUUCGUCAAAAUUAGAACACAAAAAUCCCAUUAACAUCAAGUAUUCUGCACCGUACCUUUGGAAAAUUGUCUGGACUGUUUAUGAUUUGUCCUCUUGAUAAAUGCUAAAUUAAAGCAGCAUCUCCCUG